AUGAUGGGACGCGUUUCGUUUGAUGCGCUGAAGAAGCAAGGCAUUAUACCGGGAAUUAAGGUUGACAAAGGUGUUGUGCCCAUGGCCGGUACUGUUGGAGAAGGUACCACUCAAGGAAUGGACGAUCUCAAUGCUCGAUGUGCUCAAUAUAAGAAGGUGCUCGCACGUUACGCCUCUAUCUGUCAGCAAAAUGGCCUGGUACCAAUCGUCGAGCCAGAGAUUCUUCCGGACGGCGAGCAUGACAUAGACAGAUGCCGAAAGAUCACCGAGACCGUUCUGUCUUACUGCUACAGAGCCCUCAACGACCACCACGUCUACCUUGAAGGAACUCUACUGAAGCCGAACAUGGUAACUGCUGGGCAGGCCUUCAAGGGCAAAAAACCAUCGCACGAUGAAAUCGCGCUUGCAACCAUAACUGCUCUUCAACGUUCUGUUCCAGCUGCUGUUCCUGGAGUGGUGUUCCUUUCGGGAGGGCAGUCUGAGGAGGACGCCACCCUUAACUUGAAUGCUAUGAAUAAGCUAGAUACGAAGAAACCAUGGGCACUAACAUUCUCAUAUGGUCGAGCUCUACAAGCAUCAUGCAUGUCGAAGUGGUCAGGAAAGGACGAGAACGUCAAAGAUGCUCAGGCGGUGUUCAUGCAGAGAGCGCAGGCGAAUUCACUGGCCGCCCUUGGCAAAUACUCUGGCGAUCCGAAUGCCGACAAGGCUGCUUCACAGUCUCUAUUUGUGGCUAAUCAUGCCUAUUGA